AGCUAAACCAUCUUUUAAGUAACCAUAUCUUCAAGGUUUAAACUUAAUUCUCAUUAUAAUCAUUCACAUAGAAAUUCUCUUACGACAGUCCAUUGACAUAUUUUGGGUUGCUUUAAUACUCCCUACGCCGUUGCGUUAGGAGCUGAAGGAUUCUUGAGAACCAUUGAGAACCAAAAAGUACGGUAUCGGAACCAGGAACCAAAGAAUUGAAGACUACCUACUAGGGGUCGAGGAAGAAAGACAUACAAACUCUUCUCCUUUAAAUUUUUUUUCUCUCUUUCAACCGUGUCUGACUCACCUUGAGAUCGAUCGCUUUGCCAUAGAAACAACGGCUCAUUCACACCGUAUACCCACGCACUUAUCCGUUGUUCGGGUCGUUCGAAGCAACAAACAUCGGUUGCCGUGCUGCUCAACCCCUAGAAAUUUGAAUUGACUUAUUCUAUAACCAAUCACCACCAAUCCUUUUCAUCUAUUCACCACAAUGCCAGGAGUCGAUAUGGCGCCUCUAGUGGCUGACGAUAUGAGAGUCCUGGGCCAGGACCCUCUUAUCCCACCGGCAUUGCUCAUAUCUGAGAUCCCAAUGACCGAUGCUUCCUUGCAGACAGUGGUUAAGGGCCGGAGAGAUGCUGUUGCCAUUAUAAUGGGUCGCAGUGAUCGUCUCUUGGUCGUGGUUGGUCCUUGUUCCAUUCACGAUCCAGCUGUCGCUCAUGAGUACGCUCAACGCCUGAAGGGUCUUUCCGAGAAGCUAUCGGAUGAUCUGUGCAUUAUCAUGCGCGCUUACCUCGAGAAGCCGCGGACUACUGUUGGCUGGAAGGGUCUCAUUAACGACCCUGAUAUCGACAACAGCUUCAAGAUUAACAAGGGUCUGCGCAUAUCGCGACAGAUGUUUGGCGACCUAACUAACGCGGGAAUGCCCAUUGCCAGCGAGAUGUUGGACACCAUCUCCCCUCAAUUCCUGGCAGACUUUAUCUCUGUCGGCGCCAUCGGCGCUCGCACCACCGAGUCACAGCUACACCGUGAGCUUGCGUCUGGUCUCUCCUUCCCAAUUGGCUUCAAGAACGGCACCGAUGGAAAUCUAGGUGUUGCUAUUGACGCCAUAGGAGCAGCAGCCUCCAAGCAUCAUUUCAUGGGUGUAACUAAGCAGGGCCUGGCUGCCAUCACGAGAACCAAGGGGAAUGAGCACGGUUUCGUCAUCCUAAGAGGAGGUAGCAAGGGAACCAACUACGACAAGGACAGCAUCCAAGAUGCCAAGGAAACCUUGAUUAAGAAGGGACAGAAGCUAGCUAUCAUGGUCGAUUGCUCCCACGGUAACUCAAACAAGGACCACCGAAACCAACCCAAGGUUGCCAAGGUCAUCGGUGAUCAGCUAAAGGAGGGAGAGAAGGCCAUAAUCGGUGUCAUGAUCGAGUCCUUUAUUAACGAGGGCAACCAGAAGGUUCCCGCCGAGGGACCAUCCGGAUUGAAGAAGGGCGUGAGCAUCACUGACGCCUGCAUCAAUUGGGAGAAGACAGUUGAGGUCCUCGAAGACCUAGCGGCCGCGGUCCGUGCUCGCCGGGAGAAGAACGGCGCACCGAAUAGCAACGGCCAAGAGCCCAAGGCCACUCUCCUAGAGGAGGAAUAAGUUUUUUAGAAGGGGUAUAGUUGGUGGAAUUCGCCAAUUCUAACCACAUGAAUAAUUGGCGAAUGAAGGCAGUUAAUGAGAACAAAAGCAAUAAAAAGCAUUGGGGAGGGUAGACUGUCGUAAGUGCAUGAUAUCUGAGAUUUGUCAGUUUAGCAACGAUCUUGGCAAUUUGAUCGGGAGGAAGACUAAAAAAAAGGCAUCAGGCAUUAGGCGUUUGGUUAUAAAACCCAUAGGCUACUUUAAAAUUCAGACGAAUGCAUGGAUGAUUUCUCCUUGUCCCUCUCA